GAUGUGGUUAGCCAAGCAGAACAAGGAGGGGGAAGCGUCACUCUCUUUUUUUUUUUUUUUCUUGAUACUGUAUUCAUUACACUGGAAAUUGCUGGAGAACGAAUGUGAAACCAAAGAGCAUUGGCGGUGAGGAAUUGACUCCCUUGCCAGCGUGAGUAAGCUUGAAAAUGGCAGUGGGCUCGCAUUUGGAUCCUGGGGCGUGCCAGAAGGCUGUUGAGGCCCGAGGGCUGUCCCGGCCGGUCCUCUUGCUCACGCUAGCGGUCAUCACCUCGUCCUCUCUGUCUGCGCUCUCCUUGUACCGGCUGGUGGUCCUCAGCGCUGAGGUGGACGGCUUGAAGUCCGAGGUGUUUCGCAGGAGGGAAGAGAGUCAGGAGCCCAAGCGUGGAGAGCAGGAUGUGAGUGAUGAGAGAAGCGGCCAGCCAGAUCGUCAACACCCAUUCACCCUGUUAAGGAGGAGGAGGAUGGUGUCCGGAACAGACACAUCAGUUUCCCAAUCUUGUCUCCAAUUGUUGGCGAACAAGAGCAGGAAAAUCUUCAGGAAAGAUUUUGCCCUGGAGCCAUACACGGGCAUCCCGUGGAUGACUGGUCUGAGGAGAGGGUCUUCGCUGGAGGUGGUGGGAGAUAACAUGCUGGUCCGAGAGGAGGGCUUUUACUUUGUCUACAGUCAGGUCUACUACAUGGACAGCAGAUUUGCAAUGGGCCACGUGGUGAUCCGCAGGAAGAGGACGGUGGUGGGCGACGAGGCUCAGUACGUGAUCCUGUUCCGCUGCAUCCAGAGCAUGGACAGCGUGUACCCUUACAACACGUGUUACACAGGAGGUGUCGCGAAGCUGGAAGUCGGUGACCAGUUGGAGCUGCUGAUCCCCAGGUCCACUGCCAAUGUGUCCCUGGAUGGGGACGCCACCUUCGUCGGCGCUGUCAAGCUGGUUUAAAGCCUGUCGCCUCACAUGAGAGCAGAGGGAGCUGCAAUUCUGGUGACCCCAAAGGCGAGAAAAGACAUUUUUUGACGCUACGUGCACACAACGCUAGCGAUUGUUUUAUGAUGUUUUUUUUUUUUUUUUUUACCUUCGUCUUUAAUUUAUAAAAUUACUUGUCAACAAUUUAAAAUACGAGUGAUAGAAUUGAAGGACUCCUUGCUGAUUCCUGGCUGGUUGUUUCAUUGUUGGUUAAUGAAUGAUCUGGGAUUCAAAUGAGCUUUUUUUUUUUUUUUUUUUUUUUUUUUUUUAUGAACAUUAAAUGUUUUUGGAUCACAUCGAUGCUGAUUUUGAUCUUCGGUGUAUAAUGUUCAUUUAAACCAGAGGCAAGUCACUUUUGGACAGUAGAUUAUCAAGACCCCAUUGCAAUGCUGUAUAAUAUUGUAUGACAUCAACAGUGAGUGCAAAUGCAUUGUGAUGAUCUUUGUUAUUAUCAUAUAAACUCCUCCAAUUGCAAUAAAGAAAGAGGUGAUGAAAAAA